AUGGAAAACUUCAGGAAGGUGAAGACUUCCGAGCAAGGCAGCCCGCUGCCCUUCUCCGAAUUGCAUCCCCACGUGGUGGAGAUGAAAGUGAAGGAAGGCAGCAAGAUCCGCAACCUGAUGGGCUUCGCCAUGGCCAGGAUGGAGAAGGAGGAGACCCGGCAGAUCGUCUUCAGCGGCUGCGGACGGGCGGUGACCAAGACCAUCACCUGCGUGGAGAUCAUGAAGAGGAAGCUGGGAGGUCUCCAUCAGGUCACCAAGCUCCAGUACCGGACCUUGGUGGAAGUGUGGGAGAACCAAGGACCCAAAUCGGAAGGGCCUCCUGAACGUCUCACUGUCCAAAAGAACGUGCCCUCCAUCUACAUCCUCCUGUCCAAGGACUUGGUGGACCCCAACCAAAUGGGCUACCAAGCUCCCAGUCCUCAUGGCAGCCUCUGUCCUGAGAGCAAGAUCUCCCCGAAGGCCACCAAGAGAAGGUUACUUGCGCCCCACGAAGGGGACUAG